AUGUCUAUAAAUCUUGCUGAUAGCAUUGGAACUUACAUUAUAGCUAUGUUUCCUUCUGAAGUAAAAGAUACAUAUUUUAUGAAGGAUGGACAUAAUAAAAACCCUAAAGGGAAAUAUUAUGCCAAGUAUUACAACUCAAUGAGGACGCUUAAAACAAGUGGCAUAGUACCUUGUAAGGAACAAGUAAAAACUGUAAAAUUGGCCACUCAACGUAAACAUGAUAAUGAAUUUGAACCCGAAGAUGACAUUAACUAUAUGAUUGAACAAAUACAGUUUGAUACUAAUUGUUCAUUUCCUGAACUAGAAAAAAUAUGGAAAGCUACAACAAAAUAUCGCUUAAACAGUAUAAAAAAUUCAACUUCUACUGCUGAAAUUAUGAAUAAAUGGAAAAGCUACACUUUGCCACUUGGAUACAGAUUAAUUGAUAUUGACUUCAGUACUCUAUAUCCAAGAUGCUCAAAUUCUGUAUCACAGUUUGAAGAAAAAUCUGAAAAAAUAAUGAUGGUGCUUGACGACCAACUAAAAGAUAAUAAUAGUCGUAAGCUUUUUGAAAAUCUGUAG